CACAAAGAAAACAGAUAAACCCAGACUAGAAGACAAAGAUGAUCUAGAUGUAACAGAGCUCACAAACGAAGAUCUUUUGGAUCAGCUUGUGAAAUACGGAGUGAAUCCUGGUCCCAUUGUGGGAACAACCAGGAAGCUGUAUGAGAAAAAGCUGUUGAAACUGAGAGAACAAGGAACAGAAUCAAGAUCUUCUACUCCUCUGCCAACAGUUUCUUCUUCAGCAGAAAAUACGAGGCAGAAUGGAAGUAAUGAUUCUGACAGAUACAGUGACAACGAAGAAGACUCUAAAAUAGAGCUCAAGCUUGAGAAGAGAGAACCUCUAAAGGGCAGAGCAAAGACUCCAGUAACACUCAAGCAAAGAAGAGUUGAGCACAAUCAGAGCUAUUCUCAAGCUGGAGUCACUGAGACUGAAUGGACAAGCGGACCUUCCAGAGGCGGACCUCCUCAGGCAUUAACUAGGGACUCCACAAGAGGGUUGCGAAGAACUCCAAGGAAAAGGGUGGAAACUUCAGAACAUUUUCGUAUAGAUGAUGCAGUAAUUUCAGAGAGUACUCCCAUAGCUGAAACUAUAAUGGCUUCAAGCAACGACACCUUAGUUGUCAAUAGGGUGACUGGAAAUUUCAAGCAUGCAGCUCCUAUUCUGCCAAUCACUGAAUUCUCAGACAUACCCAGAAGAACACCAAAGAAACCAUUGACGAGAGCUGAAGUGGGAGAAAGAACAGAGGAAAGAAGAGUAGAAAGGGAUAUUCUUAAGGAAAUGUUUCCCUAUGAAGCAUCUACACCCACAGGAAUUAGUGCUAGUUGCCGCAGGCCAAUCAAAGGGGCUGCGGGCAGGCCGCUAGAACUCAGUGAUUUCCGGAUGGAGGCGUCCUUGGCGUCCAAAUAUACUCCUAAGUAUGUUCCCUUGGCAGACAUCAAGUCAGAAAAGACAAAAAAGGGACGCUCCAUUCCCGUGUGGAUAAAAGCUUUGCUGUUUGUUAUUGUGGCAGUUUUUUUGUUUUUGGUCUAUCAAGCUAUGGAAACCAACCAAGGAAAUCCCUUCUCUAAUUUUCUUCCUGCCGACUCAAGAAAACCCAACUGAAGGCAUCUCUUUGGCACAUUCAACUUGGUCUCCUUUUUUUAAUAACUAUUGAAAAACAUUUGUGUUCAAUUGUUGAUUCUAAGAACUAAAAAUAAUGUGAUUUCACCUCAAUAAAUGUACUAUUCCAUUGAAAAGCAAACAAAAUACAUAUAUGGACUUCAUGAAAAUGUUUUUGGACUUUGGACUCGUAGGAGAUCACUUUGUGCCAUAUGAAUAAUCUUUUUUAGCUCUGGAACUUUUUUGUAGGCUUUAUUUUUUUAAUGUGUACAUCUUCAUUUUUGGGGAAAAAAAGUGUUUUUUGUGUAUUUAGGAAACAAGGGCAAAACGUGGCAGUAUAAUGUGAAGCUACAUAGUUAAAUACUUUCAGUUCUUACAUAAAAGAUUUUAAGAAUUCUCUGCUGAAUAAAAACUUUACAGACACGUGAAACAUGAUGAAAUUCGCUCAGAGAAAAACUCAGUUGUACUUUUUGCAACUGCAGCAAAGUUUGAUGGCGCUUAUGAGGAAAAGUACAGCAAUAAUCUCUUCAUUCACUUGUAUUAAUAGUGAUAUUAUUGUUUUAGUCCUAUCAUACUUUCUUUAGAAGACUUCUGGAAUCAAGAAAGUCCUACUUCAGCAAAACUUAUUUAAACACCCGUAGGUCUGGCUGAAGCAACAUGUUUCAGAGAACUGUUAGCUGGCUGUAUGUGUUUUACAAAGCUAUUAGCUAGCUAUAAGCUGUAAUUGGGAAUUUGUACUUUUUAAUUUACAGCAGAACAUGUAUUCUGUCAAUCCAGUUUGUUACCAAAAUAUUUUUAAGAUGAGCUGUGUGUGUUUGUUUAGAAGUUAAACAUUUUUAAACACUGAUCUUAUAUUCCAUUUGGAUUCAUUAUUGCAUUGUCUUCUGUUACCAAAAACAAAUUUGGCCAAGUGAUUUUGCCCUGUAUCAUUUGAUUUAAAAGUAUUUCCUCUUAAAUUGCUUAAUAAGCAGUAGUUGAUACUUAAAAUUGUAUACUUAAGAUUGUAAACUCUGAAUAUGAGGUGGGCAUUAUUACUUUGUGUUCUCUUGAAAUUGUUAUCUCUGUGGUAGAUUUUUUUUUUAGCUGAAACUUACCUCAUAAAUAACUUCAUUGCAUAAAGGAGUAGGUGAUUGAAAUGUCAGUAGAAUCAAGGAAAACACAAAUUUUAGAUUUAUCUGAGUCUCAACUUUAGAGUCACUGACCAUAAAGUACACUAAAAAUGUGAGUUAUUUUGAAACAUCAUCUGAAGUAGAAAGAUCGCUUUUAAAAAGGAAGACACUAAAGACGUAUAUUUAGACCAGCCCAGCAGACAGUUUUGAUUCAAAUUAGGCCUGUUCUGGUAUUCAGCUUCUAGAUAUUUUGUAGGCAUCUUCAUUUCCAUUGCAGUUGAGACCAGAAACAUCUGUCGGCAUGGCCCUGCAGGGCAAGUGGGAAACUUACUCCCAGGCCAGAAAUGUUUGCAUCUCCGAGUAAAAGUGUUUCUUUGAGAUGAGCCACAGAGGGCGCACGUUUUACUCAAGUUUUCCGCGAUGAGGUGAUAGCAGAGCUGUACGCUCAGUUUUUAAACUUUGUUUCCCAUAUUGUUUUCAGUCUUUUGUUUAUAAUUAGAAAUUGUGAGGAGCUCCACUUAAUGUUUUAAAAUGUGAGGAGAUAAAUCAGAUUUAACAUGUAUGUAAGAUCAAUUCUCUGGAAGUCUGGUCCAAAAUAGCUAAAGUAGGAAAUGUAGUCAUUUUUUAAAAACAUGUACUUGGUCUUUUGUCUGUGUCUGUUUUAUUCCUUUUGAGUAACUGUGUCUUUGAUGUAAAUGCAAAGCAUUUCUUCCCGAUUAGAUUGUAGAUGUAGAAACAGUAUAAUUCAGUAAUAAAAAAAUUAACUCCUA